UCUAUCCAAUGCCAAUCGUGGAAGAAUCGGGGCCAUCGUGUACACUUUCGGUGAUGAGUUACAACGUUCUUAGUAGCUCAUACGCGGCACCAAAAAUGUAUCCGUAUUGCCCUAAAGAAUACCUCGACUGGGAAACCCGUGGGCAGAGCAUCAUAAAUGAAAUUAACGACUAUGAAUGCGAUGUGAUCUGCCUUCAGGAAGUUGAGAUGGAGGCGUUUCUUGGAUUCUUUUCGCCGAAGCUGGAAAUUAAAGGGUAUAUUGGCAUUUUUGCCCCAAAAUCUCGGGCAAGAACAAUGUCAGAUACCAAACGGCGGCUUGUAGACGGUUGCGCGAUUUUUUGGAAGACCGAAAAGUUUACGCUGGUAUCCCAACAGUUAAUCGAGUUCAACCAAUUGGCUAUCAAGAACAACGCAGGUUGUAAAGACAUGCUCAAUCGGGUGAUGACUCGUGACAACAUUGGGCUGUUUGCCGUACUGAAAACCACAGCCGCAGCAUGGCAAGACGGUCUUCCAAAAAAAUCAUCAGAUGUGGAGCAGCUAAUCUUGGUGGCAAAUACACAUUUGCACUGGAAUCCGGAGUUUUGCGACGUCAAAGUUUUGCAGGCAAUGAUGCUCGCCAGAGAAAUAGAAAGAAUGUUGGAAACAGUGAGUUCUGUAUCCGAACAGACAGAUAAUAAGACAUUCGCUUCUUCUGACAUCAAGCUAUUGCUCUGUGGAGAUUUCAACUCCAAAACAGAUUCUGGUGUGUAUGAAUUUUUAACACAAGGUCAGCUCGCUAUAGAUCAUCCGGAUUUUCGAAAUUUGGAUUACAAAAAAGCCGUUAAUACAAUUUUUGGAAAUCCGGAAUCUGCCGAAGUAGUUCACCAUUCGCUGAAUCUUUCAUCGGCCUGUCCUGAAGAAUAUAUGCCGUAUACAAAUUAUACGUAUGACUUCAGGGCGAUGAUCGAUUUUGUUUUUUAUGGAACAUCUAAUAUGAGACCAAUAGGAUUCUAUGGUCCUAUACAUGAUCAGUGGUUCCAAGAUAACAUGAUAGUGGGCUGCCCUAAUCGGCACAUUCCAUCGGAUCACUUUCCUCUGGUGGUACAUUUCAAGAUGGUAACUUGAAGAGUCAGUUAUCGAUUACGUGGCUGUAAAAGGUACUACAUCUUACUCUUUUUCGUCGGCUGUACAUCGGUCCUAAUACACUGAGAGACAAAUUUAUUCGCCUAGAAUAAAGACGCGUACUAAAAUUUCUUCCAAAGUACCACUACAGGCGUGUUCAGAAACACACUCUAGAAGAGAAAUAUUCAACACCUGCACGGAGAGAAGAAAAUGGUAAUAAUUACCAUUCUACAUGGCAACUCGUCCUAUUAUUCAAAGCAUAGGAAUCGAUACUAUGUAGUAUGGGAAUGAUUACCAUUCUUCUGUUAAUAUUUACUAUGCUACAUAAUAAUCAUGCUACUGGUAAAUAUUACUUUGUAGCAUAGUAAUCAAAGCCAUGCUAGAAUGGUACUGAGUCCCAUGCUGUAUAGCGUGAAAGCAGUUUAAAUAUUAAGCGCUGCUAUAAAAUGUAUACGUCCAAUAUAAUCUGUACAUAUAUUAAUCUUAAUUACUACUAAUAUCAAUGAAUCUUAUUUUAAUGAACAUUAUCAAUCAUACGAAACUUAAGUAUUAUUUGAAAAGUAUCAUUGUCUAUUAUAUUCUGAUUUAAAAUGUUAUUCUACCACAUGUAUCGU